AUGAAAAAAAAUGAAGAAAGUGGCGAGUCUGAUGCUGGUAUUGAAAACACAGAUGAAGUAAGCCAAGAAAAGCCGAAAAACGUGCCGAGAACAGUCGAGAAUACUUUAAACAGGCUGUUGCCUGAAGUCGACUCAGACGACGAAGAGCUGUUUAAACAGCAGCAGAACGACGAGUUUGCGGAGCGUUAUUCAGAAAAUUACGAACCCAAAAUUUUGUUUACUUCCACAGAAGACCACGUUUCAAAAACAACGAUGCUGUUCUUAAAGGAAAUAACGAUGGUCAUUCCGAACUGCGAGUUUUUGUUGCGGAAAGGAAAAACAUUGAGCGAUGUUCGCGAAUUCGCGUUGAAAAACGCUUAUACAGACGUAAUCAUCGUAAUGCAGAGACACAAGAAGCCGUACGGACUAACAAUAAGUCAUUUGCCAAAAGGACCUACGUCGUUUUUCCACCUUAGUGGUAUUAAACUCGCGCAGGACAUUCCAAACUCGGUGUCAAUGACGACGCACAAUCCAGAAGUAAUAACCAAAAACUUCAAAUCGUUUGUAGCUCGCAGGGCGGCUCGUCAACUCGAAAGUCUUUUUGUAUCUAAUGAAGAACACGCUGGAAGACGAGUAAUCGUGUUUCAGAACCAAAGAGAUUUUAUUUUUUUUCGCCAUUACAGGUACGUGUUCAUAAACGAAGGAGAAAACGCUUCCCUCGCAGAAAUCGGACCUCGGUUUACUUUGAAACUCCGUUCGAUUCAAAAAGGUUUCUUAGAACUAAAGACAGGAGAGUACGAGUUUAAAAUCAGCGGAAAAGAACGAAAGUCCAAGAGAGACGUCUUUUUUUAG